AUGGCGGCCGUAAGAUUCAACCAAGACUUGAUAAAAAUAGUCGAAAGUGCCGACAUUCCGAAGCCUAUGUGUGAUGAGUUCAAGAGGAUGAUUUCAGGAAUGAAUUUCAAAGCGUGUUUAGCCGAUUGUAUGCCCAAAUUCAAGUUGAACGUACGUCGGCAUUUACUUAAAUUCAACGACAACUCCAUAAACGAUGAAGAUACUCUUGACGACCUCAGAAUUCGUCGAAUGGCUGUAGCCAAGACCUUAUUUGGCAAACUUGGUUCGGAUACCAAUAUCGAGGCUCCCCUAUUCUGUACCUGGGGCUGCAACACAUUUAUUGGUAAAGACGUCUAUAUUAACAGGGAUGUCUCGAUUUUUGAUAGUGCACCCGUUCAAAUUGGCAACCGUGUUCUCAUUGGACCUGGUGUCUGUAUAUGCACUGAUACGCAUGAACUUGACGCUGUGUCGAGAAAACAAAGCCAGAUGGGGUCUUAUGCAAAACCAAUAGUUAUUGGCGACGAUUGCUGGAUUGGAGGAAGAGCAGUUAUACUUGCAGGGGUUACUAUUGGGAAUGGAUCGACGGUUGCAGCUGGGGCUGUUGUGGCCAAGGAUGUUGAAGCAAAUUGUCUUGUUGGUGGUGUACCUGCCAAGAUUAUCAGGAGGCUUGAUCACGGAGCUAUGUUGCCAAAGCAGUAA